AUGGCUUUGCACCUUUUCGCAUUGCCAUUUGCGGUACCCUUAUCGACCACUUCCACUUCCACCUCCACCUCCACCUCCACCUUUUCGUCCGCCCUCCCAACCCUUUGCUUCUGCCACCAGCACCGUCCACCCUUCUUGCGCCAGAGGAGGAUAAAGAGAAGUAUAAGUAGUGCAGGACGUGCAUUUGUUGGUAAGGAAGACACCGAAGUGAGUGUCACUUCCACCCAAGAAGCCCAGCAAAACAACGACUCAGACCCUGAUCCCCAAGACGUCGAAUACGUCUCCCAAAUCAAGAGAGUUUUGGAGCUUCUCAGGAGAAACCGAGACAUGCUUUUUAGCGAGGUAUUUCUCUCUCUUCCCUUUCCCUUUGCUUCAUAA